GCCGUCGGAGAUAAGUGAUGUCAUAACCGGGUGCCGGAACAUUGUGGUUCGGUUGCAUGUAGAGCGCUUGAAGGGUUCUUAAUUUGUUUAUUCACCGGAGAAUUGUGAGGCAGACAGGAAAAAUGAUCGAACAGAACAAGAGGAAGGGGAUGGAGCUGGUCGCCGCAGCCGCCAAGAAGCCGGACGCAGCGGUGGGAUACCACGAGCCGCGGGGGGGCGGAGCCGCUGGACCUCCAAGAUCAUCCAGUCUCCAAGCGCCUAUUAUGCUGUUGUCCGGACACGAGGGGGAAGUUUACUGCUGCAAAUUUCAUCCCAAUGGGCUUACAUUGGCUUCUGCAGGAUUUGACCGACUAAUCCUUCUGUGGAACGUGUAUGGGGAAUGUGAUAACUACGCAACCCUAAAGGGUCAUAGUGGAGCUGUGAUGGAAUUGCAUUACAAUACAGAUGGCAGCUAUCUGUUCUCUGCGUCAACUGAUAAAACAGUAGCAAUUUGGGACUGUGAAACUGGUGAGAGAGUGAAGAGGCUAAAGGGACACACAUCAUUUGUAAAUUCCUGUUAUCCUGCCAGGAGAGGUCCACAGCUCAUCUGUACAGGCAGCGAUGAUGGGACAGUAAAGCUUUGGGACUUCAGGAAAAAGGCAGCCGUGCAGACUUUCCAAAACACAUAUCAAGUAUUAGCGGUUACCUUCAAUGACACCAGUGACCAGAUUAUCUCAGGAGGCAUAGAUAAUGACAUAAAGGUUUGGGAUCUAAGACAGAACAAGCUGAUGUACACAAUGAGAGGUCACAGUGAUUCCGUGACAGGCCUCAGUCUUAGUUCUGAAGGUUCAUACUUGCUCUCCAAUGCAAUGGAUAAUACAGUCCGUGUAUGGGAUGUUCGCCCAUUUGCCCCAAAAGAAAGAUGUGUAAAAAUAUUCCAAGGAAAUGUGCACAAUUUUGAAAAGAAUCUGUUGCGUUGUUCCUGGUCUGCAGAUGGCAGCAAAAUAGCAGCUGGAUCAGCAGACAGGUUUGUGUAUGUUUGGGACACCACGUUCCGCAGGAUUCUAUAUAAGCUUCCUGGCCAUGCAGGCUCUGUCAAUGAAGUUGCCUUUCACCCUGAUGAAUCAGUUGUUCUGUCUGCUUCCAGUGACAAAAGACUAUAUCUGGGAGAAAUCCAAUGAUCGAGCAGCAUUUCUCUUUUUGUGCAGCAUACUGUUCACCUUUUAUAACUGACCCAGAGGACUGUUUUAAAUGGAAUAUGUCAGAACUCCACGUUCAUUGUUUUUUCUUGUCUAAAGAAAUUUGCUUAUUAUUUUGAACUUGGAACUCUCUGGUCUUAGUUUCUACAAAGCCGUCAUGAUACUUUUUGAGACA